CCAGUGCAUUGAUUAUCAAUAUCGUAAUUCAUUUUUGGGUGAACGCAUUCACCAAUUAGAUUGGCACAAGAAGUUUACUCAGGCGAAAUUUAACGUUGCACAGUGCUAGUCAGUUUAUAAUUCUUUUUUACAUUCUGUGUAUAUUUAAAGACAAGAAGACAUAUCAUAUCUCUAUUUGAUAAAAAAAAAAUUGACAUGCUUGGUCUUUACUCGGUAUAUAUCGUGUUCGCAUUAGGUUUUGAGUUUGUCAAUUCACGGAGCACACGGAUUAGUGGCGGAAGCUAUUCGUGGGAAGGAAGGGUUGAAAUAGAAUUAUACACAACAUCAUGCAACUUUUGGGGAACUUGCGAAAACCACUAUUCUUGGGGUACUGUAUGCGAUGAUGGUUUUGGUAUAGAGGAAGCGCGAGUUGUUUGUCGUUCUAUAGGCUAUCCUGAUGCUGUCCGAACACAAUCUUUUGGGGCUGGAGGUGGUAAUAUCUGGCUUGACGACCUUGGUUGUGGAGGUAGUGAAUCGUAUAUUUGGCAUUGUUCUAACCCGGGAUGGGGAGCACAUAAUUGUGGACAUUCAGAAGAUGCUGGCGUCGUUUGUGAUAUCGACGACUGCAGCUACUACUCUCCUUGCCAAAAUGGCGGAGCUUGUACUGACGGUAUCGCUUCUUAUACUUGUUCAUGUACAACCGGUUACCAUGGAACUGUCUGUGAACAUAUUGAUGAGUGCAGCUCCACCCCUUGUCAACACGACGGAACAUGUACGGACGAUCACUUAAGGUACACUUGUGCAUGUAUUGCAGGAAUUACGGGAACAUAUUGCGAAAUAAAUAUAGACGAAUGUUCGUCUUCACCAUGUCAAAAUGGCGGAGCAUGUAUCGAUGACAUCAACCAAUAUACAUGCCAAUGCACCUCUGGUUGGGAAGGAACGCACUGUGAACUCAACAUCGAUGAGUGUUUAUCUAACCCGUGUCAAAAUGGUGGAACCUGUACCGAUUACAUAGACGGAUACGAGUGCACAUGUGUUGCAUGGUAUUACUCUUUCGACUGCAGUUUGUUAGAUACUUCAUUAACGUUGAAUGAAUUUGUUAAGUAUCCGAAGCAUGCCCUAAUUGACCACGCAUUUGUCAUCGUUCAAGCUCGGAGUGACAUCGAAUGUAUAGUAAAAUGUAAAAAAAGAUCUGACUGUCAGUCAACUAACUACCAGAAAUCAUCUGGGACAUGUGAACUCAACGUAUCGACAAAAACUGAACAUCCUUCAGAUUACCUUUAUUCUCAUGAGCAUGUAUACAUUGAAUAAGAUCGGACAUCUUCGGACUGUCUCUGGAGAAUAAGAUGUCAGUGUGCAAGAAUUGGGAGCUUUUGAUUUGCCAACGAUGUAUCCGUAGAACGAAUUCACUCAUCGGCCGUGACCGUUGUGCGUUCUCUGAAGAACAACGACAAAUCUAGACAACGUUCUCGCAACGCAUGAUAUUACGUUCUAGGUCCAGUAUUUUUCGUAGAAUCGAAAGCUCACUAAUUACGUUGAAGAGAAAGCAGCACUUAAAGCACGGGACAUGCAUUAGUCAUCUUUGCCGUGUAUGCAAUUAUACCCACAAAAUUCAACUUAACAAGGCAUUUGGGCCUAUAAUUGUGUUCAGAAAUCGUCUGUCUUAUUGCCUUUUAUAUGAUGUCAGUCAAGUGUACCGUCAUAGAAUAUAUUGUAGUUUACUUUACAUGACGAGAAGUCCACCAAAUAAUCAUAGAUCAUGUGGAACUAUUGGACUAAAAAUAAUAAUAAUAAUAAUAAUAAUAAUAAUAAUAAUAAUAAUAAUAAUAAUAAUAAUA